AACCAAAUCAUGCGCUUAAACAGGAACUCGAAAUGGCGACAUAAGGUGUCCAUUGGAAUAUGCUUAUGUAUGCUCUUAUGUCCAAGUAGAACUUUUUCACUGCCUAUAAAUAUAACCUUCCAGUUGAUGAGAAAUCACCAAACCAAACACCAGUUAAAUCCAAGUUCCUAGUUAUCUGAUUCAUUUUCAUUUAUUCAACAACUAAAGCUGUAAUGGCCUCAAAUCAGCCAAAUUUUGUCUUCAUAAUUUUAUGGCCCAAGGCCACCUUAUUCCUCUUAGUGACAUAGCCAAAUUGUUUGCAGAGCACAAUGCACUUGUCACCAUAAUUGCCACACCUUGAAAUCUUGCCCGUUCUGGUCCUACAAUCAACCGUGCCAUUGAAUCUGGGCUACCUAUCCACGUUUCACAAGUGCGGUUCCCUUCCACAGAGGCCGGUUUGCCAGAGGGAUGUGAAUCUGCAGACACAAUUCCUUCUCCGACUUUUCUGAAGAACUUCUACACUGCAGUAGCAAUGAUGCAACAACCAGUGGAGAGGCUAUUUUCAGAGCUAAAACCGCAUCCAAACUGCAUAAUAUAUAUGAUAGGAAUUUCACAUGGAUGGUAGAUAUAGCCUCCAAUUUUCAGAUUGCAAGAAUAUCAUUUGAUGGGAAGAAUUGCUUUAUUCUCUUGUACUGUCAUGUUUUAAACAUUUCCAAGGUCCAUGAGAACGUGUCUGAAACAGAACCCUUUGUGGUGCCAGGGUUGCCAAACAGAAUUGAAUUCACCAAAGGUCAGCUACCCAGAAACUUCAACCCUGGUAACAACUCAAGUAUGAACGAAGUUGUUCAAAAGAUACUAGCAGCAGAAGGAGGAUAUGGCGUGCUACUUACCACUUUUGAAGAAUUGGAAGCAGCAUAUGUCAAACAUACGGGAAGGUUCAAGACCGCAAAAAAUGGUGGCCCUGCAUCACUAUGCAACAAAGAGAACUCGGAUAAAGCUGAAAGAGAUAACAAGUCCUCUAUUGAUGAAAAUCAAUGCUUGAAGUGGCUUGAUUCACAGGCACCAAACUUUGUCAUUUGUGCUUGUUUUGGAAGCCUCAUUAAGCUUACAGCUCCACAACUGACAGAGCUUGGCUCAGCCUUGGAAGCAGCAAACAGGCCAUUCAUCUGGGUUUUAAGAGGUGCGAAUGGAAAAGAAGGAAUGGAGAAAUGGUUUUUGGAAGAUGGAUUUGAGAAGAGGACAAGAGGGAGAGGCCCCUUGAUCGGUGGUUGGGCGCCUCAAGUUCUAAUCUUAUCCCACCCAGCAGUUGGAGGGUUCUUAACACACUGUGGUUGGACUUCUACACCCGAUGGCAUCUGUGCUGGUUUGCCAAUGAAAACAUGGCCUCUGUUUGCUGAGUUGUUACCAGGAUUGAAGUUGCUGGGUCACUGAACUUUGGUGAAUUCAAUUCUGUUUGGCAAUCCAGGCACCCCAAAGGGUUCUGUUUCAGACACGUUCUCAUGGACCCUGGAAAUGUUUAAAGUAUGAGAGCACAAGAGAGUAAAGCAAUUCUUCCCAUCAAAUGAUAUCCUUGAAAUCUGAAACUUGGAGGCUAUAUCUACUAUCCAUGUGAAAUUCCGAUCAUAUAUUAUGCAGUUUGGAUGCAGUUUUAGCUCUGAAAACAGCCUCUCCAAUGGUUGUUGCAUCAUUGCUACUGCAGUGUAGAAGUUCUUCAGAAGAGUCGGAGACGGAAUUGUAUCUGCAGAUUCACAUUUCUGUGGCAAACCGGCCUCUGUGGAAGGGAACCGAACUUGUGAAAUGUGGAUAGGGAACCCAGAUUCAAUGGCACGGUUGAUUGAAGGACCAGAACGGGCAAGACUUUAAGGUGUGGCAAUUAUGGUGACAAGUGCGUUGUGCUCUGCAAACAAUUUGGCUAUGUCAAUAAGAGGAAUAAGGUGGCCUUAGGCCAUAAAAUUAUGAAGACAAAAUUUGGCAGAUUUGAGGCCAUUACAGCUGUUAGAUUUUUGAGGUAAGAAGAAGGGGCUGCGAGAACUUGGAGGAGAAGUAGAGACUUCCGAGGUUCCCUCUUUUGGUGAACUCAGAACCUAUUUUCUUCCAUUGAUAUUCGAUUAUUUAUGGCAGAAAAAAUAUAACAUAACAUAGAAC